AUGCAGGCUUUGCGCAAGGCCAUGAAGGGUCUUGGUUGCAACGAGCGCGCUGUUAUCGAAGUGCUCUGCUCCGUCGACAAUGCGCAGCGCCAGCAGCUCAAGGUCCAGUACAAGACCAUGUUUGGCCGUGAUCUUGUGGAUGAUCUCAAGUCGGAGCUUGGCGGCAACCUCGAGCGCGCCGUCCUUGCCAUGAUGAUGCCCCCGGCCGAAUAUGAUGCCUUCUCUCUGCACGAGGCCAUGAAGGGCGCUGGCACAGACGAGGCUGACAUUACCGAGAUUCUGGCCACCCGCUCCAAUGCCGAGAUUGCAGCCAUCAAGGCUGCCUACGAAAAGGCCUAUCACAAGGAUCUGGAAAAGGCCAUUUCCUCGGAAAAUGGUGGUCACCUCAAGCGCAUCUACAUUUCCUUGCUCCAGGCCAACCGUGACGAGACGGACAAGGUGGACCAAGCCCUGGCCAGCGAAGACGCCAAGGCACUGUUUGACGCCGGCGAGAAGCGCUGGGGCACCGACGAGUCGGAGUUCAACCGCAUCUUCAUGUCACGUUCAGCCGCUCAGAUCAAGGGUCUGUCACCUUCAAUUCCACUCUUGCACGUGCCCUUUUCUACGGCCGACGAGUACGCCAAGAUCAGCGACUACGGCCUUCGCCGCGCUAUCGAGAAGGAAAUGAGCGGCAACUACGAGUUUGCCAUGGUGUCUAUGCUGCAGGCUGCCGUCGACAUGCCCGGCUACUUUGCCGAGCGGGCUUACCGCGCCAUGAAGGGUUUUGGCACUGCCGAUGCCGAUCUGAUUCGUGUGAUUGUUACACGUUCGGAGAAGGACCUCGAGGUGGUGAAGCAACGCUUCCACGAGCUGUAUCACAAGAAGCUCUCAAAGAUGGUCGAGGGCGACUGCAGUGGUGACUACAAGCGCCUUCUGCUUCACAUCAUCGGCGAAUAAACGCAUGCUCAUUCCUCUCGUGUACAUGCCCCUCAGUGUCCACACUUGUUUGAUGCCUCAGUGCUUUUGAUUCACAUGCCAUUUUUCAAAAAAAAAAUAUGUCA